AAAAGGCUUGCAAGCAGCUCGGUGUCUCCACCCGUCCUUGAAUUUAUAUAGUGUUGGCCAGUAAGAGCCUACUGAUUGUCUUGAGCCACCUGACCUUCGCUGUGUUAGUCAGCGAGAGCUCACUGAUUGUCUUCAAGAUGACCAUCAUCUCUCUGCUCCUCCUGAUCUCUCUGCUUCCACACCUGACCUUUACUGCUCGUGUGAAGGUGGGGAUAGUGAACGGCAAGGAAGCAAAACCCCACUCCAGACCUUACAUGGUUUCUCUUCAGAAGAACUUUAAACACAUCUGUGGUGGAUUCCUCAUCUCUGAUGAGUUUGUCAUGACUGCUGCACACUGCUGGAAAGGAUACCCAAGUAUUCUGACGGCUGUGGUCGGUGCUCAUGACUUAAGGAACUGUAAUCGUUCAUGCAGUGUUGAAGUGAUGUCCUACAUCCCACAUCCAUACUAUACAAUCUGUUCACGUCAGAAUGAUAUCAUGCUUUUGAGGCUACAAGAAAAGGUCAAACUAAACAACUAUGUUAAAUGGAUAUCGUUAACGAAGAAAGGAGAUGUUAAUGGAGGCACUCUCUGUAAUGUUGCUGGCUGGGGAAGACUGUCGACUGAUGGCACACUGAGCAGUGUUUUAAUGGAGGCAAACAUGACUACAAUAAACCAAAGGGAGUGUCUGCAUAAAUGGGGAUCAAAAUACUCUGCCUCACAGAUGAUCUGUGCACAUGGUCGUGGAGGAUCCUGCAAAGGAGACUCUGGAGGUCCGCUGGUUUGUGGAGACACUGCAGUUGGUGUCACAUCUUUUGGGUCCGGAAUACGCUGCAAUUCACCUGACUAUCCUAAUGUCUAUACUGAGAUUUCAGCAUUUCUUCCAUGGAUUCAACAAAUUAUUCGAAUGUUUGUAAGUGAUAGCCUACCGAUAGUCUUCAUCAUGAACAUCAUCUCUCUGCUCCUGCUGGUCACUCUGCUGCCAAACUUGACAUUCACUGUUCAUGUGAAGGGGGGUAUAGUGAACGGCACAGAAGUAAAACCCCACUCCAGACCUUUCAUGGUUUCUCUUCAGAAGAACUGGAGACAUGUCUGUGGUGGAUUCCUCAUCUCUGAUAGAUUUGUUAUGACUGCUGCACACUGCUGGAAAAAUGAGAAACUAACGGUAGUGGUUGGUGCACACGACUUAAGACAGGACGACAAAUCUGUCCGCAUUGGUGUGAAGUCCUACCACGUGCAUCCAAAAUUCAACAAGCACACUUUGCAGAACGACAUUAUAAUUUUGAGGCUGGAGAAAGAAGUCGAACAAAACAAGAAUGUAAUGAAGAUUUCCAUAUCAAAAAAUGAGAGAGAGAUGGAAGCUGGUUCUGUCUGCAGUGUAGCUGGCUGGGGAAGACUGAGCUUUAACGGGAGAAAGAGUUAUCGUCUCAUGGAAGCAGAUGUGAAGAUCAUGAAUAACACUGAAUGCAAAAAUAAAUGGAAUGACAACUUUUUAGCCCCAGAGAUGAUGUGUGUCUAUGGCCACGGAGGAAGCUGUAAGGAGGAUGGAGGAGGUCCUUUGGUUUGUAAAGACACUGCAGUCGGUGUCACUUCCUUUGGUGACCCAGAAAUCUGCAAUAAUCCUGAACGACCUGUAGUUUAUAUAAAGAUUUCUGCAUAUAUUCCAUGGAUCUGCUCUGUUAUUCAAAAUGUUGAGUGAUUUUUACAAUGAAACAUAAUGAAGCCUUUGUUUAAAUGUUCAAUAAACAA